AUGCCAUACGCAACGCACUGGAUUUGCGGAAACUGCAAUUUCGGACCGAUGAUGAUCUCAAACUACCCUUCUUGCAUCAGUUGUAGCCAUCAGCCAUGCUCCUGCUGCACAUACGACACCGUUGACGGCUCAACCCUGCGAACUGAAAGCCUCUCCUCGUCCGGAAACCUCAGAACAUUGGACCACAUGCCCUCCACCGAUUGCCACCUUAAUACCUAUACAAACCCUUCCCUUCCACUACCGGGCGCCACUAGAGAGAUGUUAGAAGACCUGCAAGCCUCGAUUAUCAACCGCGCUACAGACCUCUACAUCUGCUGCUCAUGCGGAGAUGGCCCCAAGGUAUACCAGAACCAGGGCCGCUGCGUAAAUUGCGACCAUGAUGUUUGUGGGUACUGCACGCAUAUCAAGUAA